AUGGCUUCAGGAGAACCAUUCGGUAGCAAUUACCUUUUGCUGAGGCCAGAAGAGGCGAGUGUUGUGGAUCUUGGGCACCUCUUAUUAUCUUCUAACUUAAACAAUAGAAAAUUCAUAGAGUGCCCAGAAGAUGUUGAGGCAAGCGAGUUUCGCCAAAGAUGGCUACUCUUCACAUCUGUUGUGGCCCAAAAGGUCCUCUUGCUCUCAGCAAACUCAUUCAAAAAGGUUGGCGAUACGUUGGAGUGGUGCCUCAAUUGUCUAUCAAGUAAUGGAGGCUUAAUAAGGCUCUUCCUUAACUUUCUAAGAGGAAAGAUGAUAACACCGGAAAGAUCAUCUGCUUCGUUCUUGUCUGUGGUGGGCAACCUUGAUACACGAGUUGAUUUAGACAAGAACAUUGAAGAGAAAGAUUCCAAGUACAAAGGGAUGCUAUCAAUGAUGGCUUCCAAAUUAUCUUACGAGAAUGAACAAUUCAUUAGUAACGCAGUCAGAAAUCAUUGGCAUAUGGAUUUCUUGGGACUACAUAGCUUCUGGAACGAUUACCAAGAGCUCUGGUCCACACGUGCAAUCAUAUUGCAAGAUACCAAGUCUGAACCCAACUUGAUUGUGGUUGCAUUCAGGGGAACAGAGCCAUUUGAUGCGGACCAAUGGAGAACAGAUGUUGACAUCUCUUGGUAUGAAUUGGCCAACGUGGGUAGGAUACAUAGUGGGUUCAUGAAAGCUUUAGGUCUGCAGAAAAACAGUGGAUGGCCCAAAGAGAUAGAGCAAAGUAGCAGUAGUGGUUGUGCUCAGCAUAGUUAUGCCUACUAUACAAUAAGAGAGAAGCUGAGAGCCAUGUUGGAGGCAAAAGAGGAUGCAAAAUUCAUAUUGACAGGGCACAGCUUGGGAGGAGCCUUGGCCAUUCUGUUUGCAACGGUGCUCGUCUUUCAUGAGGAGGCAUGGCUUUUGGACAAGUUAGAAGGGGUUUAUACAUUUGGGCAGCCAAGAGUAGGGGACAAUCAGUUUGGGGAGUACAUGAAGGACAAGUUGAGAAAGUAUGAUGUGAGGUAUUUGAGGUAUGUUUACUGCAAUGACAUGGUGCCUAGGGUUCCUUACGAUGACAAAACCCUCUUCUUUAAGCACUUCGGUCCUUGCCUCUAUUUCAACAGCUUUUACCACGGCCAGGUUCUAGAGGAGGAGCCAAACAUGAAUUAUUUCUCUUUGUUCUGGGUAAUACCUAAGAUCCUAAACGCAAUUUGGGAGGUUGUUAGAGGAUUCCUUAUCCCAUUCGUUAAAGGUAAAGACUAUAAACAGAAUUGGUUCAUGACGGUGUUCAGGCUCAUUGGAUUGAUAAUUCCAGGACUACCGGCUCAUCUUCCUCCGGAUUACGUCAAUGUUACCACAUUGGGAUCCUUACACGAACUUCUAGAAAUUCAAAAAUCAGAAGAUUCCAAGGCUGACUAA